AUGGAGUUGGCAGACGCCGCCGUCCUGGCGGGCCAUGGCUACCCAGGACCGGCCCCGGCGACGACAGGAGACAACGCCGCAGUCGAUCUAACAGCACCACGGACAACAGCAAGCAAGCUUGCCGACACACCAGCCAUUGACGACGAAGACCUCUUUCUGGGCGACGAGGACGACCAUGACAACGACAAUGACGAAAACGACAACCAUGUUGAGGCCGAUGACGAUGACGAUGACGAUGACGAUGACGAUGACGAUGACGAUGACGAUGACGAUGACGAUGGCGACGAUGACUUUGACGAGGACUACUUUAGCUCCACCUAUCGCCCGCUCUCCAACCUGCCCACGCCGCCGCCUUCGAGCCACACCUCGUCGCUCGCUCAGAGUCCCUAUGCGGGGGCGCACGCCCACGGUCCAUCGACAGCCCCCGACGCGUCAGAUAGCCCCCUGCUCGGCCCCGCCGUCCACCUCGUCAACCUGCUCCCGCCCGCCGCGUCGCUGGCCACGCCCUCGGUCGCUCUCGUCCAGGCCAUGCUGGCCCGCGCAGCGCUGCCGCUGGACACCGUCGCCCUGGCCGUGUGUAUUUUGGAUUCGCUCGACAGCCGUUUUGCCCGCGCCUGGCGGCUGACGUGUCCGCUGACGCCGCCGCCGGCGGCCCCCACGGCGUUGUCGUCCUCCACGCGGUCACCGCCGCCGUCGCUGGCCGUCCUCGAAAAACGGCACACCCUGCCCUCCCCGCUGACGCCGACCUUUCCCACGUCCACACCAGCGCCCGCCUCGCCCACUUCGCCCGCCGCGGACGGUGUCCGCGGCGGCCUCCACAUCGACGCCGUCUUCCCCGAAGUGAUUGUCCUGGCCGCGCUCGUGAUUGCCGCCAAGUUUACCGACGACGGCUUUGUCAGCCAGCAGCCGGCGCAGGCCUACUGCACGGCGUGGGGCGCGACGCCUCCUCCUCGACCAUCGUCGAUGUCGUCGUCGUCGUCGCCGCCGCCCGGAAGCGCAUCGUCCCCGCCUGGCCCCUGCCUGUGGACCGGCGCACAGCUCGCCGCGACCGAGCGCUGCAUCAUGCAGAACCUCGGCUACCGGAUCCUGCCGCUGCUCGACGCAGACCUGCUGGCGGACGCCAAGGCGGACAUGCGGCGCGCGGGCGCGCAAGCCGCGGGCCCGCCCACCAAAAAGAUGGAGAUGGCCCUCAUAACACCCCCCGCAGAGGCAGGAGCAGGGCUGGGCGCGAAGCAAGGCGCCGCGAACGAGACCGCGACCGAGACCGACCGAGACGAGAGUCGAGAUGCGGUCGUGGACACGAGCAAGGUCAUCUCGCUCAACUUCCCGAGCAACAUGCGGCGGCAUGUCUCGUCGCGGUCCGAGAGCCUGGGGCGGUACUCUGUCUAUGAGCACUGA